AUGGCAGCCAACAAACUGAAAGGAGAGAAAGGAGAAAAAGAGGGCAAGGAAGCAAAAGGGACACCAAGAAAAAUGUCGGUGACAGAGGAGAUGAAUUUAAAGGAAAUGAUGAAAGAAAUGAUGACAGAAGUUCUGACAGAAAUACAGACAAUGAAAACUGAAGUUCAAACAAUAAAAGAAAGACAAGACAUAUAUCAGAAAAUUGCACAAGAACAGAUGACGGAUUUGAAAAGGGAUAUAAGAGAGGAAAUUGGAAAACUAAAAUUAGAGAUGUCAACAAUGCAACAAGAUAUGAAAGAACGGAAGACAGGAGAAGAAGACAUUAAGAAAAGGCAAGAAGAAAUGCGAAUAAAAGUGAAGAACAUCGAAACAAAAAGUACAAGAAUGGAGGCGAAACAGGAAGAACUAGAAGCAAAAGAGAUGGAAUUCCAAUUAAGAAUAAGGAACAUUCAGGAAGAUGCGAAUGAGAAUAUAAGAGAAAAGGUGAUAGAAAUUCUGGCAGAGCUAAUGGAAUGCACGGGACAGCAAAUGCAGGAACGGACAGAUAGAAUUUACAGAGUGAACACAGGAUUUGCAAGAAGAAAUAGGACGGCACGAGAUGUGAUAGUACAUUUUGUGAAGAAGACGACAAGAGAUGACAUCUUGAGAAUGAAUAAUAGAAGAAGGAUCUGUUAUAAAGGAAAGAAGAUAGUUAUACUGAAGGAACUCCCCGGAAUAGUGUUGAAAAGAAGAAGGAAAUACGCAUUGCUGACGGAAGAACUAAAGAGACAAAAUAUACGGUUUAGAUGGGAAAGAGAAGAAGGACUGAUGCUGACAUAUAAGGAGCAAAGAUUCUGGAUUAAGAGUGAAGACAGCGCUAAGGAAUUCCUAAACAGAAUAAAACUGGAUAAUGAGAGAGAGAAAGGCGAACACGCAGAAGGAAGGACAAAGAAGAAGAAACGCACAGACUCGAUGGAAGAAGAAGAAAUGGAGAAGGAAGAAAAGGAGGAAUUAAGAAGAAUGUCGGAAGAAGGUGCGGGAGUACUGGACUUAAGUGACUCGGAAGGGGAAGAAAUAGAGGAAGAGGAAUUAAGAGAGGAGGAAGAGGAAGAAGAACUAGAAGGAGAAGAACAGGCAACAAGAGAGAGGGAGGAAGAAGAAAAAGCAUGUUGA